AUGACAGAUGAUUUUGAUUCAUUUGAAGAAAAUCAAGAUAAUCCAACUGCUGAAAAUCAAGAUAAUACUUUUUCUAUAAUUGAUAUAAUUAAUAGAGAAGAAAGUUUUUAUAAUAGUUCAACUGGAAAUUUAAUUGUACAUUUGCAAGAUGUUUAUUCUAUUAUUGAUGAUAAUGUUGAAAGUAGAACUUCUAAAAAUGUAUAA